CAAUGUGGGGAAAAACAAAAUCUGAUUGGCUAAGAAAAUAAAAAGGAUCAAUCAAGUCACUUACACGAAGUAGCCAGUGGAAAAAAGAGUCAAGAUGGCGACUGCAAAGCUACAAUAUGAACACAUGGAGCCUUCUUCUAGUGUGAAACCUUUUGUCGUCCAUUUCACCAAUGCUGCCUUGAAACAAAACAUAGGUGAUAAAAAAAUACGAUUUGGUUGUUACCAGUGGGCAGACAAGGCAGAUCAAAGGAAGAAGCAAAGACGAACUGUGAUUGCAGAAACAGAAGAAAUGGAAUAUAUUGGUCAAAACUUUGGACAAUUUUCCAGAUCUAGUGGUUUGUGCAAGUACGUCCUUGGUGUUUAUGAUAAGAAAACAGAGGUCAUGAAGAUGUAUGAUACAGAGAUGAUCACUCUUCAACCACAAAUCCUUGGUACUGCUGGAGCAAACCAGGAAGAGGAUGCUCCAGAUAGUAAACUAGAUCUUUCUUUCAUGGAAAAGAAUGACCUUCUUACAGAAGCCUUUGGCAGCAAUAGGAAGAAGCGAGCCAUGGCUUCUCGACACCGGAAUAAAGUUGACAAAAAUGAGCUAAAUGAAACAGUUUCAGAUGUUUUAGAAUCACUAGCCAAGGGACCAAUGGAUACUACAGAUGGUGGGGAUGAACAGCAUCCAUACCUUCCACCAUUUAAUAUCAAUGCUAUCACAGCCACUGACGUUUAUAAACUGGACGAUAUCAUUACUCCUUUGGAAUACGAAGCUUUACAGCCAGCAUCUCUUGAAAUCAAGAAUGCAAAUAAGCAGAAGAUAAAUGAAUGGAGAAAGAAAGAGAGGUUUCCAGAAUAUGUUUUACAGCAUUUAGAUAGGAUGUCAGUGAACUCGUCACAGGGACUUCAUCAGUCAUGCUGUUGUCUUCUUUAUUUAUCUUACAUGAUGACAAUGUAUGGUCUUACUAAUAAGGACUUGAAAAAGAAAGAUCCUUUGCCUAGAAUGCCAAGGGUAAUAAAGGAACGAUUGCUGUCAAUGUUUUCUUUGGAAAAAGAAGAAGCUAGGGAGGUUCCCCGGAGACUGAAGGAUAAACUUGUGUCAUACAUAUUAGUGCUGGCCUUGAUGAUUGAUGAAUUUUCGCUGGAUUGCACAGUUAUAGUGAGAGAUCUUAAAUUGCCCAUGCCAAGGUUGAUCAAACAUCUGAGAGCCGUUGGUUGUGUUAUAACAUCAUCAAAUGUACAGAGAAAGCGCAAACUUGAGGACAGCAAUGGCAUUUCAUCAAAAACUGCAGUUCUUCAAGUUCCACUACCUCCUAAUUUUCUAGGCCACAAUUUACAUGGGAAAUGAAUGCCCCUAAAUAUUGAAUUUUGAUCAUGGAGUGCACGAAAAUUGUGUUAGGAUUCUGAUCUUUGCAGUGUUGGUGGUUUUUGUUUUCAAGAUUAUAGAUUUUCCUUCAUGAGCUUAUUACAAAAUUAAAAUGAUAAAUAGUAUAUUAAUUACUGUAUUAGUUCUACUUCGGCCAAAGUCCAGUCCCACCAUGUUGCCCUCAUAAAAAUUUCAACGAACCUCUCUCAUGGUGAUCUAAGAAAGUAUAUGGAACAUAAAACCAAACAAACCACCCAUGCCAAGAUGAUAACCAGUUUAUUUACAAAAAAUGUUAUUUAAUCUGACAUCUUCGUUGGAUAAUGUUAUAAGCAAUAACAAAGACAAUUUAUCAUUAAACUAAGUUUUACAGAUUGAAACAGUUACAAUAGUUGGUUGCUUGAAUAUUACAAUAGAGUUUUAUGGUGCCAAAAAAAAAUCCAGUUAUUUAUCAAUUUACAG